AGUAUCAGCAACAGCAACAUCAACAUCAACAUCAAUAUAAUCAUUACGAUCAUCAUGGACAACAAAAUAAUAAAACUACUACUGCUAAACGAAAACAAUUCUCAACACAAUCUACACAAACAGUGAAAUCAGGUCCGGAAGAAAUAAUAACAGUUGUAAUGCGUCAAUCUGGAAGGCAUGCACUUUCACGAGCAAAACGUUUGUCAAAAGAUCGUCUUCAUCAUCCACAACAACAACAACAACAAGUGCAACAACAGAUGGAUCAUCAUCAAGGGGUGUGUUAUUCGAAAAAUCGAUGUUUAUCAUCAUCAUUACCUCCCACACGAAAUCAUCAUGUAAAUGGUAAAUGUUCUUCAUGUUGUCAUUGUUGUUAUUGUACUGGUAAUCAGAUGGAAUCAAGAUUAACACGAGAUAAAAAAUCUCGACAUAUCUCGAAACAUCAUUAUCAUCAUCAUCAAAAUUCAUCAAUGAAUGAAUGCCAUAGAUGUUGCCAUUCGAAUGUCAAUACCGGUGAUUGUAAAGGCCAUAAUAAUCAUAACCAUCGAAAACAAUCACAUCGAAGUACUUCAUCAAUUCGUCAUCAUCAUCAUAGAAAUCAUCAUCGUAAUAGUUUGAUCGAUUAUUAUAUCGAUGAUGAUGGUCAAAAUAACAUUGAUAACGGUAGUUUUUGUCAUACACCAUCAUCAACCGAACAUGUACAAACAGUUUACCCCGGUAUUAUUAUGGCUAACAACAAAUCAGGUCAACAUGACAUUAUUGAUCAUCGAUUAAAUAAUAAUAAUGGCAACCUGAUUCUGACAAACAGGAUACUAUAUUUGAAUGAUGGUAAUAACGAUGACAAAUGUUUAGAUUUAUUUAAUUUAGACAAUGAUGAUGAUGAUGACAACCACAACCACGAUCAUUGGACAGCAAAACAUCCAAUCCAGAUUAAUGACCAUAAUUCAGAUGUUGAUGAUGAAUCAACAACCGGUGUUAGCAGUAAUAAACUGGCAACAAGUUCACAAGAUACAACAUCCAGUUUGAUGACUGUCAAUUCAAAUGACAAUAAUCGUAUAUCGAGAUAUGAUAACCAUCAAUAUCAAAAUCAACAUUCUUCACCCGUAUCAACAAAUGGAAAUAUUUUCGUUAAUAAUUCAGUUAGUGUAAAGAUUGAAAUAGAAACAUCAUCAUCGAUGACAGCUACUGCAGAAAAUAGCGGUCAUCGACAAAUUAAUUGCCAUCAGAUUACCGAUGAUUCUUAUAGACAAUCAUCAAUGAUGGGCCAUAGACAACAACAACAACAGCAACAAUUAGUUGCUGGCGCCAUAUUUACCAACGGUACCUAUAGUCAAUUUGAUUUUGAUCAUGCACCAAAACAUUCAUCACAGAAUAUAAAUCCAAAUCCAGUGAAUGUUCAAAUUUUUCAUAAUAAUAACAUCAGCAACAACAACAACAACAACAACAAUCGGUUAUUAUAUCCACCAGAAUUAAAUUAUGCAAAUUCAGUGACCGCACUCAAAGAACAGAUUGCAAGGGCAAAGGCAAAUUUUUUUAAAGAAUCAUUACCACAACCAUCCACAACUACGUAGUGCCAACAGAUUUUCUUCUUUUUUUUUGUUUGCAAAAAAAAACGUUUUUUAUUAUUAUUUAAAUAAAAUAUAUAA